AUGAAGCAAGACAUAGUCGACACUCACAACACUUUAAGGCGGAACUUUUCCAAAGGUGCUAACGGAGGAUCUGCUGCAAACAUGAAGAAAUUAAUAUGGCGGGAUGACCUCGCGAGAAGAGCCAGAAUACACCUAAGACUUAGUUGUAAAUUUCCAAAUUUACCAUUCUUUGCAAUAAAUGACAGUGAUACUUGUUCCAACCUUGCUAGGACCUCGACUGGAGACAUUGCUAGUGAUAUUCAGACUUGGUACAGUGAACUCAUAGGGAAUUUUUAUCCUCCGGAUCCACUGUAUGAAACUUUUGGAGUGUGUUGGCCGCAGGAAAACUGCUCCCAUGCUACUGUACUUUUAAAUGCUGACUUCCGCUACGUAGGCUGCUCAUUCAGACGACGUUGCGGGGGCAUGGGCUCACUUUAUUGUAUAUAUGAAUCUGAUACUGAACUCGAUACAUCGGGUCCCUGGGGUCAGUUUUAUAAAGAUGGUGCUGUUUGUACGAAGUGCUCCAACGAUACAUCGUUCUGUGACGAUGGCCUAUGUACCUCAUGUGAUACUAACCCUGAACUGUGUGAUUGUCAAAAGAAUUGCUCUGCGCCAUACACAGGGCAUGGGGAGCUUGACCCAGCCACGUGUUCAUGUACAUGUCAGUACGGCAUGGGACCAAACUGCGACGAACCAUGUAGAGACGCGGCCUUGGACAGUUAUGAAGCCUAUGACAUUUGUGGCGAGCACAUAGAUGCCCAAAGUUGUGAAAACGUUCCCUUUGUAGCUCCUGAAAAAGAGACUAACCAACAAAAUAGACAUGAGCAACAGGACAUGUCGGAGCUCAACAUACAUAGCAAAUAUUCUCAAAAUGACUCAGGCAAAUAUGAGGCAACACCAAAUGGCGAUUGUGUAAUCAAUACAAACAUUCCUAUGGCAGACACACGCACGAUACAGCAAAAUACCAUGUACUUUGAUAGAGAGAAGUCGCGCUGGGUACGGUAA